UUUGUGUAAUUACUCACUGAUAAACCCGCUCUAAUCAGGGAUCAUUUAAUAGUCUGAAGUCUUUGCCGGUUUUCAAUUCUUUAUGGGUCUUAUUCAUUGAUGUUCUGCAGUGUAAAAAGCAUCUGACUGCAGUAUGCGUGGUCCCUUUUACUACCCAUGGUGGUCCAGCCUGGAGCUCCCUAAAUACAAAAGUCAUUUUUAAUGUAUCUUAUUAAAUUUUAUUGUUAUUAUUUUUAUAUUAUUAAACAUUAUUUUUUAAUAUUACUCAUCAUCCCACCUUCAGUAACAGUGGGAUGAUGACAGGCAACCCUUGGUGAUAGGGAACAACCUGCUGCAAUAAAUCCAUAUUUAUUACCACUUCUGGUAUUGUCUGUUAAAUGCAGCUUUCUUUUUCUUAUUGUGUCUCCUUACUGGCUCUUUUACCCUGUGCAAAGUAACUUUAUUUGUGUGCUGUGUUGCGGUACAUUGGAUGCAUGAGAAGUCUGUCUAAGGCUUGGGGUGCACAGUUCUGCUGCAGGUGGUCUCUGGUGCAGACUCCACCAAAUGCCAGCCUCAUGUUGGAGGCCCAAUGUGGUGCCAGGGGUUAUGGUCAGACCGCUGGGAUGGGCUUCACUUUGCUCUGAGGGGGUUGGGAGGUUGUUGUUGUUCUCACCCUUCUCCUGGUAGUCUCGGUGGACUCGGGUUCCAUGCUCUAAGGCUGACUCACUGGGGGGAGAAUUUGGGGAUCCUCAGGUUCUUCUUGGGUCAGCAGGCAUUCAACCAAUAGUGCCUCGAUCUUACCCCAGGUGUUGUCUCUGUGGCUUCUGUCGCUCUGCCAGGGAGGUUCUGUGUGGGCAACUCGGUCCACGGCGCCUGCACUCCCGAAAUGGAUGCAGAGUACAGAGGACUCACUCAGAACUUUGUGGACUGGUGCCAGCGGAACCACCUCUUGAUCAAUGCAGGGAAAACUAAAGAGAUGGUGGUUGAUUUUUGCAGACGGCAGCCUGGUGUCAUCCCACCGAUGCACAUCCAGGAGAGGGACAUUGAGAGAGUGGACUCUUACAAGUACCUGGGUGUGCAUCUGAACAAUAAGACUUACAACACAGAUGCACUGUACAGGAAGGGUCAGAAAGGCUCUACUUGCUGAGGAGACUGCAGUCUUUUGGAGCGAGGGGGCCACUCCUGAAGACCUUCUAUGACUCUGUGGUGGCAUCAGCCAUCCUGUACGGUGUGGUCUGCUGGAGCAGCAGCAUCACAGUGAGGGACAGAAGGAGACUGGACAGGGUCAUCAAGAAGUCCAGCACUGUCCUGGGCUGCACUCUGGACACGGUGCAGCAGGUGGGUGAGAAAAGGGUCCUGGCUAAACUGACAUCCAUCCUGAACCAGGACUCUUACCCACUGGAGGACGAGCCGCUUUGGAUGUUAUCACGCCAUUCAAUGGUUAUUAUCAGUGGUUAUUAGCCCAUACGUGAGCCAGUAGGUGCCCACCUACCUACUGGCAGUGGUGAAUAGGUGCACUAGGUCGCCCUCAUAGAUCCGUAAGGUAGAUCACGGCUCGGAUGAUUUAACCAGCAGUAGUGGCGCUGUUGAGCGGUUGUUGUUGAGACGGGUAAAUUGAAGUUUUUGAUUUAUUAGCGAGCAUAACUUAGUAAGUUGCUAGCUGUAUUGUGUUAGCUAACCGUAACCUGAACCCCCAACCCGUUAUCUAACCCUAACCCUAACCCUUACCACAAUAACGUCCGAAGCCGCUGAACGUAGCAACUUAGCUAGCUGCUAGCUGUUAGCGAGUAGGUAGAGCAGCACCUACUGGCCCAUAGGAACAGGCUGAUAAGUUCUGAUCAGCCACCCUCAACCCUCGCUGUGUGAAAGAGAGAUAUCCCAGAUCUUGCCUGCCUGCUGCUGUAAGACUCUUCAACCAGAUCUGCUAACUACAUUUGCCCUGUUCGUUGAUGUGUGCUUGUUUAUGGGUGUGUGCUUCAUUUACAUUAAGGUUGUGUGACCUAUUUACUGUAUAGAUGUAUGUUUGUGUAGUUUCUCUGUUUUGUUUUUGCUUUCCUCUUGCUGUUGUAAGGUGCAAUUUCCCUGCUGUGGGACUAAUAAAGGUAUUCCUAUUCUUAUUUUAAUUUUUAAUGUUUGAUUAUAAUUGUUGUGGUCUCCUAUUAUUUGUUGAUUUAUUUAUUUUCAGCCACCAACUCUGAGGCUAACAUCAGAUAUAUGCAAAAAGGACAAUUAGACAAAAAUAAUUAACCUAUGGACCUGUGGACCUAUAUGGAAAAUCCAGGCUAAGAGAGGUAGGCGCCAUAGAAUUCUUCAGCAAUAUUGGAUGUUUUACAUUAGCUUGCUCUGCACAUUUUGAUAUGGUUGACUUUAGGUAUGAUUUUGCCUUCAUCCCAGGUCUUGCUUUGGUUUUCUUUUGCUACAACCUCUACACCAGUUUGUACAGUAGACAUGACUGCACUUUCACCUAAAUGUAUCAGAAAGCAAAGUAAAGACAGUAACAAAGAGUUCCCAAUCAUGCAGUAAGGACCACCGUUUGUACUCAACUACAUUUGCUGAAUAUCGCCUUAACUAAUGCCCCUGUUAUUAUUAAUAUGCUCCAUAUAUCAUAUUGCAAGGUCAUUUGUUUCUCUACAUUAGAAAAUAUGUUGCCAAAGAUAUUUCCACCGUGGGAAUGUCUUAGAAAGCAAACAACACUAUAGGUUGCACUGAACAUGUGAUGUUUCCUAACUAGGAUGUACAAAGACGUGUCAUAUCAGCUCAACCAAUCACAGACAGCCUCAUCUCUGCAGAGACCAAAAGCAUUGAGUCCCUUUUCAUUCAAGGUAAGAAUUCAAACAAGAUGUCAUCUCUGAAGUUUGUCCUGUGUCUGAGUUGUCUGUUCAUGGGGAAAAACGCUCAGAAGGUUGAUCAGAGUUCCCCAUCAUUGCUCUCUCAGAUGAAAGGAUUAUUGCCAGUAAAUAUCGGAGACAAUGUGACCCUACGGUGUUCCUAUAAAGGCGAUGACUCAGCAUGGCUUUUCUGGUAUAAGCAAAUUCUGGGAGAGAAACCGAAGCUCAUCUCUAGUUUUUAUAUGUAUGAUCCAAAAAUUACAUUUCAUAAUGAAUUUAAGGAAAAUAAACGCUUUAAAUUAGAGAGUAAAGAAGGCAAAAAUGAUUUACAUAUUUUGCACUUGAACGUCUCAGACUCAGCUACAUAUUAUUGUGCGAGCAGCUAUACUUUUGUCUUGAGUUUUGCAGAGGGAAUUAUUCUCAGUGUAAGAGACUCAGACUCCAACGUCCCAGCUCUGGUGCAUCAGUCAGUGUCUGGGAGCAUCCAGCUAGGAGGCUCUGUGACUCUGAACUGUACAGUACAAACUGGGACCUGUGAUGGACAACACAGUGUUUACUGGUUCAAAGACUCUGGAGAAGCUCGUCCAGGAAUUAUUUACACCCACGGAGACAGAAAUGAUCAGUGUGAGAGGAAUCCAGACACACAGACACACACCUGUGUCUACAACCUGCCUCUAAAAAGCCUGAAUGCUUCUCAUACUGGGACCUACUACUGUGCUGUCGCCUCAUGUGGACACAUUCUGUUUGGAAACGGGACCAAACUGGUUUUUGAGCGCCAGAUAAACUCGUCUCUCUUGGUAUAUGUCUUGAGUGGAGCUGUGGCAUUCACCACCAUCCUGUGUGUGUUACUGUCUUUCCUAAUAUGCAAGAUGAUCAAGGGAAAUUGCAAAUGUUCAGCUCCCUCAACAACAAAUGUGGAGGACUCCAACGACAACCUUCAUUAUGCUGCAUUACAUGUUAACCAGGCAAACAGAUCAAGACGACUGAGGAAUGAAGUCUUAAGUGAAUGUGUUUACUCUGGUGUAAAGUUGUAGACCACAGUAAAUAAACUAUGUUAAAGUUGUACUUUUAGUACUUUUGCUCUAAUCACUUUUUCCACAUUUUUAAUAAGACAAUGUGUCUUAUUAAUUAUUAUUAUUAUUAUUAU